AGCAGGCUGCAGCCUCUUCUGAGUCUUCAGAUUCCUCUCCCGAGUCCCGACUCUUCAAGUUGCGCGGGCGGCAGCAAGCCAGUCGCCAGCUGCGGCCAUCAACAUCUCCUGCGAUAUCUAAUGCCUCUAUGACUAGUCAAGAAUUUUCAUGGAAAUUACGACUAGCUCAGCACUCCUUAUUGCGCUCGGCGCACGCAUACUCUUGAACACCAUAUUCGUCGGUCCAAACGCGACACCCUCCACCGCAGAGUGCUUGCUGAAUGGCCUCUUCCAAGGGGUUCUGCUCUACACGUCUCUCACACAGCUGUUCAUCUUGGUCGUGCCCGUGGGCUUCGGGAUCGCGGCGAAGCUCCUGCUGGACUACUCCCGGACCUUCGACGCUACGCAGUGCGUAUGCACCCUCCUGGGAGUGGCACUCGGAGUGGUCUUCACGGACGUGCUCUCCAAGACGUUCGACAACGAGACAACGAAGAUCACGACGACGACGACGCGGUCACGCACCACCGCGAACGUCGCGCAGCGUGAUACGCACCGUGACGAGCCCAGCAGACGCCUGCGGCUCGUCUCGUUCGACCGCCAGGAACGCCCACGGCACAGGCGCGAGGACGGCCACCGACACCACCGCGACACGGACGAUCGCGAACGGGACAGGGACCGCGACCGCAACCCCCGUCGCCUCGAAGUCCGCCCCAUCACGCCUACGCUCACCUACGCGAGCACCGCGCCCUCCAUUUCCCUCGACUCCGUCCCGUCCUCCAUCGAUCCCGAGGGCCGCAUGACCCCGCAGGAGCGCGCGGUCGCGGUCCUCCGUGCACGCGCGAGCCUCGCAGACUCGGAGCGGCGCCGGUUCAAGGAGGAGCGCAAGUGGGCCCUGAGCCAGCGGAACUAUGCGCGGGCGAGCCAGCUGGCGUGGCAGGUGCGCAGGUUCACGGCGCUCAUGGAGAGCUUCCACCGCGAGGCGGACGUGAAGGUCGUUGAAGGUGCGUGGCUGGUCGUGUCGUGGCUUCUCGCGGCGGCAAAGUGUGCGACGGGUGCUAAUGACAGCGCGUAUUUGUAGCUGCGCGCGCAGCGUCUGAGCAACAGCAGCCUGCCGCAGGUACGGAGCGCCCCCGUCGUACCUCGCAAAGCAAACAUAGCCAGAAAGAUGCGUCCUCGUCGGUGCCGUUCCCCGGGCAGGCCUCGACGUCCGCAGCGGCGGAUCGACAGCCGCUCGUGAGCGUCACUGUUGCAUCAGCUCCUCGACAUAGGAAAAGAAGCUCGGGAACUAUACGGCCAGCGAUUCAUGUGCAAGG